AUAAAUGAAGCAUGGAUGCCUGCAGAAAGCCCUUUCCAGACUCAGAGAGACGCUGCAGCUGAGAGGAGAGGACCGGUCACUGCUGCAACAAUCAUCAUCAUCAUCAUCAUCAUCAUCAUCAUGGCACCAGCUGGAGCAAAGAAGGGUAUUCUGGAGCGUCUGGAUGCAGGAGAAGUCGUCAUCGGGGACGGAGGCUUUGUCUUCGCCCUUGAAAAGAGAGGCUACGUGAAGGCAGGACCGUGGACACCUGAGGCUGCAGCCGAGCACCCUGAAGCAGUGCGGCAGCUGCACAGAGAGUUCCUGAGAGCUGGCUCCAAUGUCAUGCAGACAUUCACUUUCUACGCUAGCGAUGAUAAACUGGAGAACAGAGGCCACACUCAGACCUUCACUGGUCAGCAGAUAAACGAAGCGGCCUGUGACCUGGCCAGAGAGGUGGCCGAUGAGGGUGAUGCUCUGGUGGCCGGCGGAGUCUCUCAGACCCCCUCAUACCUCAGCUGCAAGAGCCAGGACGACGUCAAGGCCACCUUCAAGAAGCAGCUGGAUGUCUUCGUCAAGAAAAAUGUGGACUUCCUGAUUGCAGAGUACUUUGAGCACGUGGAGGAGGCAGAGUGGGCGGUCCAGGUCCUGAAGACCACCGGGAAGCCCGUGGCUGCAACACUGUGCAUCGGACCUGAAGGAGACCUGAACGGGGUCAGCCCUGGAGACUGUGCUGCCAGACUUGUCAAAGCUGGAGCUCAGAUUGUGGGCGUGAACUGCCACUUCGACCCCGACACCUCUGUGAAGACGGUGAAGAUGAUGAAGGAGGGGGUGGAGAAAGCCGGGCUGAAGGCUCACUACAUGUGCCAACCGCUUGCUUACCACACUCCUGACUGCAACUGCCAGGGCUUCAUCGACCUGCCCGAGUUCCCCUUCAGUCUGGAGCCGAGGAUCCUGACCAGGUGGGACAUGCAGAAAUACGCCCGGGACGCGUACGACGCCGGCAUUCGGUACAUCGGAGGCUGCUGUGGGUUCGAACCCUAUCAUGUGCGCGCUCUGGCCGAGGAGCUGGCGCCCGAGAGGGGCUUCCUGCCUGCGGGAUCCGACAAGCACGGCAACUGGGGCAGCGGCCUGGAGAUGCACACCAAGCCUUGGGUCAGAGCCAGAGCUCGUCGUGACUACUGGGAGAAGCUGAAGCCCGCCUCCGGCCGUCCUCUCUGCCCCUCCAUGUCCAUGCCUGACAGCUGGGGUGUCACCAAAGGCCACGCAGACCUGAUGCAGCAGAAGGAGGCCACCUCCCAGGAGCAGCUGAAGGCUCUCUUCGAUAAGGCCAACAAAGGCCAAUGAGCCUUGAGAGAAGCCUCGGGAGGGGGACGGCGUCUGCUCGCACUCGUCCACUUUUACAUACCAAAUAAAGAUCAACAUGCUGAACUUUCUUCCUCUCUCUCUUUAGGACCAUUUAUUCCUCGCUCAUGCUUCAUGUUAGCUUUCCAGACUUGAUAACAAUAACUGUCUGAUUUAGCGUGUUACUGUGACUUUAAGAGAACAGCUGUGAAUGCACACGAGCCUUAACACUCCACAUCUGUCUGCUGUUGUCUUGACAAAAAAAAAAAAA